CGCGCGGAAGUAAACACUCGUACGUCAUCAGGGCGCGCCCUCGCCUGUCCCCUCCCAUCUCCUCGGCUCGGUGGACGUGCUCGCCUCCUCUCCGGACCGGGUCUAUGUCCCGGUUUCCCGCCGUCGCGGGCAGGGCGCCAAGGCGGCAGGAGGAGGGCGAACGGCCGAGAGAGCUCCAGGAAGAGCGGCCGUCAGCUGUUCGCAUCGCUGACAGAGAAGAGAAAGGAUGCACAUCGCAGGAGGGAGGAACAACUCCAACUUUUCCUAUUCAAAAACAAAGAAAAAAGCUCAUUCAAGCUGUGAGGGACAAUUCGUUCCUCAUUGUUACUGGAAAUACAGGAAGUGGUAAAACAACUCAACUCCCUAAAUACCUUUAUGAAGCAGGAUUUUCACAACAUGGUAUGAUUGGUGUGACUCAGCCACGAAAAGUAGCUGCCAUAUCAGUUGCUCAGAGGGUUGCUGAAGAGAUGAAAUGCACUUUGGGAUCUAAAGUAGGAUACCAAGUUCGUUUUGAUGACUGCAGCUCCAAGGAGACAGCAAUCAAAUACAUGACUGAUGGAUGUUUACUCAAACAUAUUUUGGGCGAUCCAAAUCUUAACAAAUUCAGUGUCAUUAUUUUGGAUGAAGCCCAUGAAAGAACUUUAACUACAGAUAUCUUAUUUGGUUUACUGAAGAAGCUGUUUCAGGAUAAGUCUCCUAACAGGAAGGAGCAUUUAAAGGUGGUGGUGAUGUCAGCAACUAUGGAGCUAGCCAAGCUCUCUGCGUUCUUUGGAAAUUGCCCCAUAUUUGAUAUACCUGGAAGGCUCUAUCCAGUCAGAGAGAAAUUCUGCAAUUUGAUUGGCCCACGAGACAGAGAAAAUACUGCAUAUAUUCAAGCGAUUGUGAAAGUGACCAUGGAUAUUCAUUUGAAUGAAAUGGCUGGAGACAUCUUAGUUUUUCUGACUGGCCAGUUUGAAAUAGAGAAGAGCUGUGAGCUGCUUUUUCAGAUGGCUGAGUCUGUUGAUUACGAUUAUGAUGUACAAGACACCACACUAGAUGGCUUGCUGAUACUGCCAUGUUAUGGGUCUAUGACAACAGAUCAACAGAGGAGAAUAUUUUUGCCACCUCCACCUGGAAUUAGAAAAUGUGUCAUAUCCACCAAUAUUUCUGCAACAUCUUUGACGAUAGAUGGGAUCAGGUAUGUAGUGGACGGAGGCUUUGUAAAGCAAUUAAAUCACAACCCCAGAUUAGGGUUGGACAUCCUGGAGGUGGUUCCUAUUUCAAAAAGUGAAGCAUUACAACGAAGUGGCCGAGCCGGCAGGACUGCCUCAGGAAAAUGCUUUCGGAUUUAUAGUAAAGAUUUUUGGAACCAGUGUAUGCCUGAUCAUGUGAUCCCAGAGAUUAAGAGAACUAGUUUGACAUCUGUAGUUCUGACAUUAAAGUGCCUUGCCAUACAUGAUGUCAUAAGGUUUCCGUAUUUGGAUCCACCUAAUGAGAGACUUAUUUUGGAAGCACUUAAACAGCUUUACCAGUGUGAUGCUAUUGACAGGAGUGGUCAUGUGACAAGAUUGGGUUUAUCUAUGGUGGAGUUUCCUCUCCCCCCACAUCUGACAUGUGCAGUGAUCAAGGCUGCUUCUCUUGAUUGUGAAGAUUUACUGCUUCCAAUAGCAGCAAUGUUAUCUGUGGAAAAUGUCUUCAUCAGACCUGUUGAUCCAGAGUACCAGAAGGAAGCAGAACAGAGACAUCGAGAAUUGGCAGCAAAAGCUGGAGGAUUUAAUGACUUUGCAACUUUAGCUGUCAUUUUUGAACAGUGCAAAUCAAGUGGAGCUCCGGCGUCAUGGUGCCAAAAGCACUGGAUUCACUGGCGGUGCUUAUUCUCUGCAUUUCGUGUGGAAGCUCAGCUUCGGGAACUGAUCAGGAAACUCAAACAGCAAAGUGAUUUCCCAAGAGAGACUUUUGAAGGCCCUAAACAUGAAGUACUACGAAGAUGUCUUUGUGCAGGCUACUUCAAAAAUGUUGCUCGAAGAUCUGUCGGUAGAACGUUUUGCACAAUGGAUGGACGUGGAAGUCCAGUUCAUAUUCAUCCUUCUUCAGCACUUCAUGAACAGGAAACCAAACUUGAAUGGAUUAUUUUUCAUGAAGUAUUAGUUACCACCAAAGUCUAUGCAAGAAUUGUAUGUCCAAUCCGUUAUGAAUGGGUGAGAGACUUACUACCUAAGUUGCAUGAACUUAAUGCACAUGAUUUGAGCAGUGUUGCUAGACGUGAAAUGAGAGAAGAUGCCAGAAGAAAAUGGACAAAUAAGGAAAAUGUGAAACAGCUAAAGGAUGGAAUAUCAAAAGAAGUUCUAAAGAAAAUGCAAAGAAGAAAUGAUGACAAAUCUAUCUCAGAUGCACGGGCUCGUUUCCUUGAGAGAAAGCAGCAGAGAAUCCAGGACCACAGUGACACACUGAAGGAAACAGGCUAAGCAGUGGACCAUUCAGGAAGUAGGAAAGCAGCCAGGAAAUGUGCUUCUGUUUUGCCAGUUAUUUCAGACAGUACUGUCAAGAGGAAGUGGUCAGCAGCUGUUCCUAGCCUGUGAGCUAAAAGCAAAUCAGAAUUUAUAAAUCACAUCUUAUCAAUACCAACAAAUGACAUUUUGAAAGAAAAGAUUGGGUUGCAUAGCCCUAAGCAGUGGUACAUGAAAUCAAUGAAAGAUGAUACAAUAUUUUCCUCACUUCUGUUUUGCUGGCCUUAACUGGUACCAAAUGCUGUCACUGAGAUCUUUUCAAAGAACACUGAAUUGUAUUUAAUCAGCGUGUAUUCCAUUUGCAUUGAACUAUUAAAAAUUAUUUUCCUUAAA